AUGGACUCAGAGAUCACAGGCAAUGAUCUGAUGGAACCGGUUGAUUUCUCUGAAGGAAGGGAUUUUGAGGAUGAAGGAUAUCGCAGUGGUUCUAUGGAGCAGAAGGAACACAAAACGCUGAACUGCCUAAUGGCCAAACAGCUGUGUGAUGAAGACUCAAACUGCUCCGCCAUUCUUAAGGUUAUUCCGACUCUCUGCGGCCCUGAGCUCGUGGCCUGCUCAACCGUGACCGUCUCCCGGUGCCAGGCAGCUCUCCGGACGCUGGUGAUUCACUCUUGGUUCCAGCCGACCUGCCUGUGCAAAGAGCCGAGGAUUGACCCCCAGUGCAACGCCUUCCGGGACCUCCUGUUCGACCAUCCUUGUGUCUUUGUCAACAGGAAGGAGGUAGACAUGCACCCCCUGGAGUACAUCCCGACGUGCGAGAGAGCAGCUGACAUCUGCAGCGACAACCCGUGGUGUAAACAAAGGCUGGACAUGUUUGUGUCGACGUGCAAGUUUCGCGAUGGCCAGUGUCGGAAUCCUGACAGGGAGGACUGUCUAAAGGCUUGGCUACAGCUACGAGAGACGCCCCUACUCGGCUGCAUCUGCCCGGACGGCCAAGAUCGGAACUGCUCUCGCCUCUAUUCCCUCGUAAACGAAAAUCCUUGUGUUGAGUACGACCAUAGCUUGUCCCUCGAGAAGUUGAAGCACGUAGCUGGUACCUGUCAAUCUGCCCUGGAGGACUGUGUGUCAGACUCACCCUGUAGGAGUCACCUCGAGAUGAUCAGCGGCCAUUGCGACUCCACGAACUGCCACAAGCACGCAUGCAAGAGUGCUAUUCAAGACUUGUACAAGCACUUGCUGGAAGCUAAUCAUAAACUGGCUCUAAAGAUUGGACUUUGUGUGUGCAGGGACACGGGAGAGCGCGGGCAGGAGGAGUGCCGACGUGCCCAGCGGCGCCUUCACCCCGAGUGCGCCGAGAUGACCGACUCCCUCUCCGUCAGCCAGUGCCAUAACCUCGGGAGGGACUGCAGGAGUGACAGGAUCUGCAGGUACAGACUAGAACACUAUGAGCUUUCCUGCGCCGCCGAUACCAUGACGGGCCGUUGCGCCGGCCAGCACCAGGAAUGCACGAAGGCUAUGCUGGGGCUCUUGGGGACGGAUCUCCACACGAACUGCGUGUGUAAAGGCAACUCCUUCCACGACAUGAACCACUGUCUCGCUUGGAAGAGACUGCUGUGGGGAAACCCGUGCGUUGUGGAAUCGCAAGUGACGUACCACUUGUCCCAGCUGGGUAUCAAGAGCGAUGCUAUGGCACCUUCCCUAGACGACAGCGGCGUGGAAAGAGGGAUACAUGAUCAAGGGGACAACGCCUCGCCCCUGUACACCUCCGGGCGAAGCAACGACCAGUACGAUUCAGCCUACGACCCAAGCAACGACCCGGACGUCGAGCUGCUGGAAGUAGACGUGGCAGGCACACGACUGCAGGCGAGGAAAGUAGGCAGUACCCCCCAGAGCGACCACACUGUGCCCCACUAUGCCGGCCCCCCACCCAUGCUGCCCACCUCGCUCUCGUCCACUACGCUGCCCACCACCACCACGCUGCCCGAACGUUACUGCGAGGUGAAGCGAGAUACGAAGGCUCAUAUUAUUGAGGAAGGAAGCAGCAUGAGACUCUACAAGGAAGGGGAUAACGAUUGCUCGGAACUCUGCUUUUGUGAGAGGAACGAACAGACGAAGUGCAAAGUCUUGGAUUGCGUGGAAAACCGCCCGUGUGAGACCGGGUUCGCCGUGUACAACCACAACGCCCCCGCUUACCAGGCCUACAGAGGGGAAUGUAUAUGCUAUUCGGGAGACUUCAUUUGCAUGCGGCCGAAAACGGGUGAAUACAACUUGACAACGGGUCUGUUCCUGCUCAUGGGAUUCAGCAAGACGGAGGAGGCCCUGCUGAAGAAUGUGACAGGCGGGUCAGCUGUGGAUGCCCUGCUGCCACUCCAGAAGAUCGUCAGGACUAUCUCGGCAGACAUGGGCGACGAGUGUCGACUGGAGCUGUCGCAGCACACGAACGAUAACCUGGUGCUUCAAGUGCGGCAUUUCCAGGUGUCGCCAGGCAUUCGCAACAACACGUAUACGCUGUACAUGCUGCAAGAGGAACGGAACAAGUGCAUCGGCGCCGUGCAGAAGGUGGCGAACAUGAUCAACCGCCGCGACCCCAAGAUCCACCACGACGUGCGCCUGUCCGUCUUCGUGCUCGCCGAGGUGGUAGACAACGUGCCCAACCCACAGAGGAUCAGCGGCGCGCGCCCUUCACCUCGCGUCGCGGGCGUGGAGGCCUGGUGGUGGGCGUGCGCGACUGCCGUGGUCCUGGCGGCGCUCGGGAGAGAGCACACGAGCCUAGGAGGGAAGCUCUGCCACUUGUGA